GGUAAUUGUCUUUUGUAGUUUUGCAAAAAGGCGACAAGACUGGUUAGCACAUCUGCCUCGCAGUUGUGAGGUUGCGGGUUCAAAUCCGGCCUGGCCUGUGUGGAGUUUGCAUGCUCUCCCCGUGCUUGCGUGGCUUUUCUCCGGGCGCUCCGGUUUCCUGCGAUUGGCUGGCGACCGGUUCAGGGUGUGCCCCGCCCGAAGAUAGCUGGGAUAGGCGCCACCGGGUGAGGACAAGUGCUACGGAAAACGGAAGUAUCGAUGGAUCGUUUACUCCAAUCCGGCAGGUGGCGCCGCACACAAGUCUGUCCUCCUUGUCGACCAAUCAGCCGGCUGACGGUGACGUCGUGGGUUUGAAGGACGAGCGGGCGGGCAACGCGACAAUAUGAGCUCGAGUUGAAAGCUGGCGACAUUCUCGGAAUAUUUGCAAAUCUCGAGCAAGUGUUUUAGUCCACAAUGAGCAGCGUCGUUAAGCCAAUAUUUCUGAGGACUUACGGUAGGAAAAGGCGCAGGUUAACGGCCUGGUUUUCACCGAAGAAGCACAAGCAGGCCUUCGACAGCUCCCUGUCGACACACAGCGACGAUUCCUCGUUUGAACCCGACAAAAAACACAAAAUCAGAGCAAAGAAUUGUUCUUCCAAAGGAAAGUUGGCCCGGCCGACUGGGAGGAAGGCGAAGGAAAACGUCGGCGAUGAGGACGUUUUCGGCAUGCCCCUCCUCUUCUGUCCUCGGCCUGCUCCACGGGCCAAGACGACGAGCAGGACAAAAGUCACAAUUAGGCAAAAGGAGCGGCAGCAUCCGAUUACCAGAGAGAGUGACGAAGAUCUGUCGUCAUCUGCAAAAGGCUGCAAAAAACCACUUCAAAUCAAUACAGCUUCCAAUCUUCCUCAUCCUUCGCUGGGCUGCAAUGUGACUUGUCGUCGGCGCCCCGUCACCACUAAACUCAAAGUGUCAAAGGCAAAAGGCGAUGUUAUCAACUCUUUUGAUGACUUUAUUUCUGAAGAGGAAAGUCAAAUCUGGCGUGCUGACAGGAAGAAAAUGGUCCUCCUAUCUAUGCUAGAUUCAAGUGUGGAGAAUUCCACCAGCAACUUGGACAGUAGCCCCGGACCGCCCCCCAGGAAGCCCAUCUUUUGCUCGACGCCCUCAGCGUGCCUGUCGAGCAAACGCCCCCAUAUUCCUCCCUACCCCGUCACCGAUCGAUCCCCGAAGCCCACAUCCUUGUCCGUCAUCUACAUAGGCUGCUCGUGCCCAGAAGACCAGGACUCUCCGAGGCAGCCCUGUUGCGCACCACCCACAGUGCUUCACUCCGACGAGAAUCAGCGGUCAAGUGUCGGUGAGCCGACGGAAAAAGCACACCCGCCUUUCCACGAAGGACAUUCGUAUGACCUUUAUAUGCACCCGAGGAGUAUGAACGAGACAAGUAGAGACUGCAAGGUGAAGAACAACAACUGUGCGUCGGGAAGCAAACAUCUACUGACUGCACACAGAGGAAGCGCAAGCUGUUUUGUGUCCACAGUGGAAGACUUGCUCUCACUGACUGAAGUUCUGAAGGAGAAAUGUUUGACCCAGCGCUGCACCGUGCAGGUGAAGCGAUUAGACAGCCUUACUGUCAGUCAACUUUGCACUAAGACGUCCUACUCAUCCCGCCUUGCUGAUCUUAGCUCAGCUCGCAGAAGGACAACCACUGAGCAGAGUCCCAUUUUCAUUGAUAUUUUAUCAGCACAACAGUCAAACGGGUCUAAUUUAGCUACCGCUGAAGAUGAAGCCGGCAGGCGGUCAACCACCAACGACGAGCCGGAUUCCCAAACUUCAGAUAUUCCCAUCGGCCUUUCGCUAUCGGCAGGAAUUGAAUUCACGGAAGAGUCGACGUCGGCGCAUACUGUUGAAUCCACGCCGCACAGCAACAGCAGCUUUGAGUUAUUCAGUUGUGCACAAUUGGAAAUGGCAACAGGGGAGCAGGCUGCAGAUGAUACAUUUCAAGGAAAAAAGUGCAAAGUUUUGGUUGAACGAUUGGAGUUGGAGGAAAUGAAAAGAGCGAGCUCCCAAAGAUUGUCUGAAGGCCGAUCGAGAUACAACGUUGACACGCAGUCCAGGGCACAGAGCCCCUCGACGGCAUUGGUCCAAAAAUGCCUAACUGACAAACCCGCCGUAAGAAUACAAAGACUGACUUCCACACAACUGAAGGAGCUGCAACAAAAAGGCAAACAGUGGAAAUCACUCACAAAUGCUUCAGAUUUGUCCGAUGAGGACCUGACGAGAAGCAAGCACCAGACUGAAACAGACUCUAAUCAUGAUAAAAAGAUUUCAUGCGAGGGUGUAGAAAAGGGCCUGUCUGAUUCUGACAGCUUGGACAAAGAAGCCUCCAAAAAAUGCUCUAAAGUUGAUCAACAAGCUUACGGGCCGGUUGGUAAAAAGAAGGUGAAGAGAGAGAGCCUUUUACCGGGCCAGCCGGCGACCACCCGAAAGGCAUGCGUCAGCGGUCUGAGCGUGAGUCGCUGGAAGAACGACGGCAGAAUGCGAACGCCGCGCACGUUCAAGCGGAAGAGCGCGAGGAGGGCUGCCGACUGCACCGGCAACCAUCUGAUCUGGGCUCAACCUGACCAACUGCAGCAGCUUCAGGGGCAUACGAUGACUUUGUCCACCCCGGAGAGGACGAGUCCGCUCAACCCGUCGUCGCCGCUGGCCGGCUUCACGCCGCGCACGCAGCACUGGAAUCGGCUGAAAGCCGCCCUCUCCGUGCACCGCAAAGUGCUGCUCACGCCGCAGACUUCUAAAAAGCCGAAGCCAACAGACAUCAACCAGCAGCUCAUGUAUGACGCAGAUUUGUCAGAUGCCGAGAAAGUGUACGCUGAGUGCGGCCAGCGGGGUCCGCUGCCCUGGAAGGAGUGCAUUUCCCCACUUCAGAUGAAACGAUGCGUCAAGAUUGGGGAGGGGACCUUCGGUGAGGUCUUCUCCACCAGCAACCCGUCAGGAGAAACGGUUGCUCUUAAAGUCAUUCCAUUGGAGGGCAACGAGAAGGUGAAUGGGGAAGACCAGAAGACCUUUGGGGAGAUCCUCCAUGAGAUUAUUAUCUCAAAGGAGUUAAGCAGCCUGAAAGAAAAGCACCAGAACCAGACCAGCAGCUUCAUUGGACUUAAUGAUCUCCACUGUGUCCGAGGCCGCUACCCUCCUGAGUUCCUGAAGGCCUGGGACGCCUUCGAUGGGAAAAAGGGCUCGGAGAAUGACAGACCAGAUUUCUUUGAAAAUGACCAGUUAUUUAUAAUCCUGGAGUUUGAGUUUGGCGGUGUCGACCUGGAGAGCAGCAACCGAACGUUGUCGUCGUUGGUCGUGGCAAAGAGCAUCCUCCACCAGGUGACCGCCGCGCUGGCUGUGGCUGAGCAGCAGCUGCACUUUGAACACAGGGACCUCCACUGGGGCAACGUGCUCGUGAAAACAACAAAGCAGAAGACCGGAAGCUUCCUGCUCAACGGGGCAGCCCACUCUGUGGAAGUUAAAGGGGUGUUCGUCCGCAUCAUCGACUACUCUUUGUCCAGACUGGAAAUUGACGGCCUGACGGUGUCUUGCGACAUUUCCAAUGAUGAGGAGCUCUUCACGGGUCAGGGAGAUUACCAGUUUGACAUCUACAGACGCAUGAGAGAAGAGAAUGGCAACAAGUGGGACAGCUACCACCCUCAUUCCAACGUGCUUUGGCUCCACUACCUGUGCUCCAAGCUGCUGUCCAUGAAGUUCCGCAGAGCCGCCAGCAAGGACGCGCGGAAGCAGCUCACGUGUUUUCGGGACAACAUCCUGCGGUACGCUUCUGCGACCGAAGCGCUCCGAUCGUGCCCCGUGUUUCAGUAACAAUUCUGUCCGGAACAGGUCAGGGCCGGCAAUCGUAAAUCAAGAAGGUGUUCAAUAGUUACGACCCAAACUCUUAGUGUGUGUGUGUGUGUGUGUGUGUGUGUGUGGGGGGGGGGGAACGACGCCGUGAAUUGUGACAUGGAACAUAAUAUAGCCGCAACUUAUUCAAGAAACGACCUGACUCAACAAAAGAAAAAGACCAAAUAAAAACAUGUCUUACCUGAUGUUAUUUUUUUA